AUGGUCUGGGUCCAGCAGCACCACGACAACGGCGCCGACCACUACGCCCCGUAUCUGAACGAUGGCGGCGGAGUCGUCGUCACGCCACCGCCACCGAGCCGCUACGUGCAGGGGCGGGCAGUGAGCGUCGCCGAGUGUCACGACCCGUGGCUCGAGAUGGCGCCGGCGCCGGCCACAGCGGCAACGGCGCCAGUGGCGACGGCGCCAGUGGCGACGGCGGGGACGGCACCACACACCCUCGCGCCGAGCACGCUCCCGCCCUGCUCCGAGUGGCUCGAGGCAGCCGCGCUCGACGCCUUCGGCCUCGGCAUCGGCCUGUGGACCAGCCCCGCGCUCUCGCCCGCGCCGUGCUCCAAGGCGUCGGCGGCGGCAGCGGCGGCGGCAGCAGCGGCUGAUGCCGCGGCCCCUGUCCAGCCGCUGCCCCCCGCCACCGCCCCCGUCAUGACACCGAGGUACCCCUCGCCCCCCGUGCCACCGGUGAGCACGAGCACGAGCAGCCGUGCCACGCAGUCGGCGUCGCCACAGCCACCUGCGGCAGGAUACAUGGCCCCGUCGGUGCUGCCCAUCCCCGCCAAGCUCCCCCCUGUGCCCCGUCUCGGGCAGCUACCCCAACCUCCCGCGCCCCCGCCCCCGCCUCCGCCCGUGAGGCCGAUGGGCCCCCCGCCUCUGCCGCAUCCGCCCACACACCAGUUCAGCACCCACCCCAGGUGGAUGACGGCCCAUACCCCGUCCCACUCGCCGCAACUGCCGUUUGUGGCCUACAGCAACUCACACCUUCGCAAAUGA